UCCCAACAUGGAGAGCUAGAGAAACAAAUCUCGAUUCUGAAACUCUAGCAAUCUUGAUAAGGUUUUAGAUCUUCUGUAGUUUUUCCCCGUCUUCAUAACCUCUGUUUUGGAUAAAGAUUUGGUUUUGCUUCAUCCAGAAGCCAUGGCUACAGCUAUAGAUGUGUAUAAUGGAGUGCAGCUUUUGUCAUCAGAUCCUUUAAAUGGAGCACUUGAAGCUUUGAUUCAUGGUGCUUCAAUUCCAUCUUUCUCAGGCUCUGCUUCCCCUCCACCCUCUUCUUCUUGUCUAUAUCAAAAUCCUGUCUUUGAUUGCUUUAACUCUUCUUCUCUGAGAGCUGACAUGGUGCAAGUUAGCUUCUCGAGCCCCGGUCACCUUCCUCCGUUCCAGUGGCAGCAGCAACUCUCGUCGGCCGCUUCGGGGCACUUCCUUGGCCUCCGGGCGCAACCCAUGAAGCGAGCAGCCGCUUUUCCUUCGCAGCCCGCUGCCAAACUCUACCGCGGCGUCCGUCAGCGCCACUGGGGAAAGUGGGUGGCUGAGAUCCGUCUUCCCCGGAGCCGCACCCGCCUCUGGCUCGGCACCUUCGACACCGCCGAGGGGGCGGCCGUGGCCUACGACCGGGCCGCCUUCAAACUCAAGGGGGACGCCGCGAGGCUCAACUUCCCGGAACUCUGGAGAAACGGGGCUCACUUCGGCCCCCCGCUCCACCACGUGGUCGAAGCCAAGCUCCAAGAACUUUGUGAAAAUCUAGCCGGUUCACAGACUCAGGGGAAGGCCACACCAAACUCUGACGCUAUUGGCGAACUCGGAUUAAGCUCGGAGGACAUCAAAUCCGACAACUCGUCAUCGCUGGAGGUGGACAAUACCUCCUCGGGCAUGUCGGCGGUGCCAGAGAUCCAACACUUGGACUUCACGGAUGCGCCAUGGGAUGAAUCUGAGAGCUUUAAGCUGCGCAAGUAUCCAUCCUGGGAGUUUGAUUGGGACUCCAUUCUCUCUUUCAAUUAGUGCUUCUCGAUCCGCAAUGUUCUCUUAUCUUGUCUUUCGUUGCAUCUUGGUCUGCUACUCUUUGCUGUGGCUGCUGCAAAUGGAAUUUUAGACAUUUGCAUGGCUUUACUGAGGCUUCAAUCUCUUCGGUUGAGGGAUAAGACUCUGAAUCUACGUCAGACGAUGAGUCUGAAUAGUGUUCGUGUGGGUGCGUAUUUAUAUAAAAUACUUGAUCGAGUCCUUCUGUUUAUUGGUGUCG